AUGGGUGUGUGGGGGAAUGAUUCCUCCGGGAAGGAAGUCGAGCCUGGCGAUGGAGAGACCCAAAGUGUUGAGACAAGGAAACCCCAGUGCUGUUCCAAAGAUGGCGCCGGAGCGAUUAAUGUUUGUGGUGUUGGAAGAUUUGAUGAUUCCGUUGUAGAUGAAAUCGUCCACGUUGAAGGUGGAGGGGAUAAAGGUGACGGUGGUGGUGGUGGAGUGGGAAGAUUUGGGAUAGGAACUCCCACUGCAAACGUUUCCAUAUGUGUGGGAGAUGGAAGUGGCACUGAUGAUGAUGGUGACGGCGGUGGAGUGAGAGGUAAAUCUGGAACAGGAACUCCUACCACGUCUGCUUUGGAAGCUUCCAUCACCAAGGAAGCUGGAGGUGGUGGUUAUGGUGGUAGUGACGGUGGAGUGAGGAGUAGCAGAUUUGGGAGUGGAACUGGGAUUGGCACUCCCACCACAUCAAGUUUGGAUUCCUCUAGUGCUGUGCUAGUCAUUGGUGGCAAUGGCCACUACGGUGGUGGUGGUGGUGGAGGUGGCUGUGAUGGUGGUGGCGUCUGUGGUGAUCCAGGUGGAGGUGGCUGUGAUGGUGGAGAGCACUGGAUGUAG